AGAGGAGGAGGGGCGAGAGGGAAUCCCAGAAAGGAGUCACAAAAUAUCGCGUUGCCGCUGCUGCUUUAAGCUUUCCCAGUUUUAUUGCAAGUGAAGAUGGACGACUGAAGAGGAAACAGUGUUUUAUCGAGAAGAUUUGUCUUACCAGGUCGCUCUGGUAGGCGACUCUCGGCUGCCCUUCUGCAAGACGUCAAAUAGGCAUUUGGCCCAGCUGGGCUUUCGAAGUCGCAGUUCUCGCGUGGAAAGAAGCUCGCGUUUCCUCUUGGUACUGUUGUGACACAGCAGGACUAGACAGGACCAGGCUCGUGCUCCUAAAUUGGAGUCCCGACUCCCUUAAGAAACGCAGCAAACCUCUGGCGUGGUGUCAAGGAUACUCGGCUGUCAACAGUGAGGUUCUGCUUUUUUUUUUUUUAGUGACGUCGAUUCCGAGCAGACACAAUGGGGCCGCUUGACAUUUGUGUCAUUACGUGCUCCUCCUCGACGUGACACCGGACCCCUCAGCUCAGGACUCUGUUGCAGUGCAGCUCGGAAGGAAUCUGAAGUCCAAACGCAGAUCAGAAAAGAGCUGAUUAUUUGAUUAUCAUAUUGCACUUGUUAAAGCCAUGGAUGACUCGGGCAUAAUACGACGCCGGAGGCUGCAGAAGGAUUUGCCACUGCCUCGCAAAAGCAGCAGUUGUCGAACAAGCAACAGAAAAAGCCUCAUCUUGACCACCACCUCCCCCACUCUGCCUCGGCCACACUCCCCUCUCCCUCUCCCCGGACACCUCGGAAGCAGUCCACUGGACAGCCCGCGAAACUUCUCUCCAAGCACCCCUGCGCACUUCUCCUUCGCCUCCUCCAGAAGGGCUGAUGGACGACGUUGGUCUUUAGCAUCUUUGCCCUCAUCUGGUUAUGGCACCAAUACCCCCAGCUCAACAUCGUCCAGCUCCUCUCACGAGCGGCUGCACCAGCUGCCGUUCCAGCCCACCAUGGAUGAGCUCCACUUCUUAUCCAAGCAUUUUGGCAGCUCGGAGAGCAUCACAGAUGAUGAUGGCGGACGCUCUUCUCCACACAUGCGACCACGCUCUCGCAGUCUCAGCCCAGGACGUUCCUCUUCCUGCUAUGAUAACGAGAUAGUCAUGAUGAACCACGUGUACAAAGAACGCUUUCCAAAGGCUACAGCGCAGAUGGAAGGGAAGCUUGCAGAGUUUAUCCACGCUUACGCUCCUGAAAAUGUUCUCCCAUUGGCCGAUGGAGUCCUCAGCUUCAUCCACCACCAGAUCAUUGAGCUCUCUCGGGAUUGCCUCACCAAAUCCUGCGAGGGACUCAUCACAUCUGUCUACUUUUUCGAGCUGCAGGAAAACCUGGAGAAGCUCCUCAAUGAUGCCUUUGAACGUUCAGAGAGCUCCGAGGUGGCGUUUGUCACAGAGUUGGUGAAAAAGCUUCUCAUCAUCAUAUCCCGACCUGCCAGGCUCUUGGAGUGCCUGGAAUUCAACCCAGAGGAGUUCUAUCAUCUGCUGGAAGCGGCGGAGGAUGUUGCCAAGGAGGGUCACCUGAUGAAAACUGACAUCCCUCGUUAUAUUGUCAGUCAGUUGGGACUCACCAGGGACCCGAUCGAAGAGAUGGUAAACCUUGAUAGUUAUGACAGCGAAGGACCUCUAACACCUGAAACAGAUGACUCAACAGAGGGUAAGAUUAGAGCAAUGAAACCACCAGGUGAAGCAGACUUCCAGACCAUCAAGCUCAUUAGUCAUGGAGCAUAUGGUGCUGUGUAUCUGGUCCGACACCUGGAGACACGCCAGCGUUUUGCAAUGAAGAAAAUUAACAAGCAGAACCUGAUCCUAAGGAACCAGAUCCAACAGGCCUUCGUGGAGAGAGACAUCCUCACAUUUGCCGAGAACCCCUUUGUGGUCUCCAUGUUUUGUUCCUUUGAGACCCGUCGGCACCUCUGCAUGGUCAUGGAGUACGUCGAAGGAGGAGACUGUGCAACUCUGCUGAAGAACAUCGGGGCCCUGCCGGUGGAAAUGGCUCGGAUGUACUUUGCCGAAACCGUCCUUGCGCUUGAAUACUUACACAACUAUGGUAUUGUCCACCGUGACCUCAAGCCUGACAACCUUCUAAUAACAUCAAUGGGCCACAUCAAGCUUACCGACUUUGGCCUGUCUAAAAUGGGUCUAAUGAGUCUGACCACCAACCUGUACGAAGGACACAUCGAAAAGGACACUCGGGAGUUUUUAGAUAAACAGGUGUGUGGAACUCCAGAGUAUAUCGCUCCUGAGGUAAUUCUUCGUCAAGGUUACGGAAAACCCGUGGACUGGUGGGCCAUGGGGAUCAUCUUGUAUGAGUUCUUAGUGGGGUGUGUGGCUUUUUUUGGAGACACUCCAGAGGAGCUGUUUGGACAAGUUAUAACAGAUGACAUCGUAUGGCCUGAAGGAGAUGAGGCACUUCCUGUUGAUGCCCAACAUCUCAUCUCUUCUCUAUUACAGACAAAUCCACUUGUUCGACUAGGAACAGGGGGCGCUUUUGAAGUGAAGCAGCACCCCUUCUUCACAGAGGUGAACUGGAACAGCUUGCUGAGACAAAAGGCCGAGUUCAUCCCUCACCUGGAGUCGGAGGAGGAUACCAGUUAUUUUGACACACGGUCUGAGCGCUACCAUCACGUGCAUUCAUACGAUGAGGAUGAUACCAAUGAUGAUGAGCCUGUGGAGUUACAUCGUUUUUCUUCAUGUUCGCCCCGCUUUAGUAAGGUGUACAGCAGUAUGGAACAUCUGUCCCAGUUGGAGCAUAAAACCCCAAGUGUAACUUUACGGGAGCACAAAGUUCCAAGAGAGGACCGAAUGGCUAAGAGAGAAAGCCUGGGUAGUUUUACGUUCAGGGACAAGAGCUGGAGGACUGGAUCACCUGAGAUGAAACGUUUGUCCUGCUCUGAGUCUUCCUUCAUUGAGAGCGAUUACAGUCCUCCAUCAGGAGCCCGAAGGCGCUUCUCUGCCCUCAUGGAUACCCACCGCUUGGCCUCACCUCUCGAGGUCGAUUCCGAACAAUCCCAAUCUAGGAGCCAGCCUCAAGUGAAGAUCAGGGGCACUUCUCUGGAAGGAGCCAUGGGUGCCAUCUCCUCGCAAAGUGAUCUGAAGACAUUCCUUAAAGAAAGUAAUGGGGUCACAGCUGGAGCAGCUGCUGUUCUGGGGAUUCCAGAGCCCCAAGGAGCCAGGGGGGCCACCACGGAUUUGGUGCUGCGGCGAGUCCGGCACCAGCAGCUCUCAGCGGAAGGAGAAAAACGCAACUCGCGACCAGGAAAUAAAGUGAUCAAAUCUGCAUCUGCCACUGCUUUAUCCGUCAUCAUUCCUGCAGUGGAGCAACAUGGAGCGUCCCCCCUAGCGAGCCCAAUGUCUCCUCGCUCCCUCUCGUCCAACCCCUCCUCUCGGGACUCCUCGCCCAGUCGAGACUACUGUCCAGUGGUAAACGUCCUCCACUCCCCGAUCACCAUCCAUCGCUCCGGGAAGAAGUACGGCUUCACUCUCCGAGCAAUUCGAGUCUACAUAGGAGACAGUGAUGUCUACAGCGUCCACCAUAUGGUCUGGCAUGUGGAGGAUGGCGGUCCCGCCCAAGAAGCUGGACUUAGUGCUGGUGAUCUUAUCACUCACGUAAAUGGAGAGUCAGUUCACGGUCUGGUCCAUACAGAGGUGGUGGAGCUCAUCCUGAAGAGUGGAAACAAGGUGACCGUUACGACCACGCCCUUUGAGAACACAUCUAUAAAAGUUGGACCUGCACGCAAGACCAGCUAUAAAUGCAAAAUGGCACGACGCAGCAAAAGGCCAGGAGCCAAAGAGGGGCAAGAUAAGAAGCGUAGCUCCUUGUUCAGAAAAAUCACCAAGCAAUCCAAUUUGCUCCACACGAGUCGGAGCCUCUCAUCUUUGAAUCGCUCGCUAUCAUCUGGAGACAGUCUACCCGGAUCUCCCACCCACAGCUUCUGUGCCCGCUCACCCACUCAGAGUUAUCGAUCCACUUUGGAAUCUCCACACAUGGGCACGACCUCCCAAAGCAGCUCCCCAGCAUCAAGCACCCCCAACUCCCCAGCCACAUCACACCACAUGAGGCCCAGCUCCCUUCAUGGCUUAUCGCCCAAACUUCACCGCCAGUACCGCUCUGCUCGCUGCAAAUCGGCUGGCAAUCCCUUAUCGCCUUUGGCCCACACCCCUCCCCUACCACAUUCUUCUCCUCCGCCUCUCAGCGGCCACACGGUAGGCAGCUCCAACACCACGCAGAUAUUCCCCGUCAAGCUACACUCAUCGCCUCCCGUCGCCCGUCCUCGUCCCAAAAAGGCAGCAGAGCCGCCCAGAUCCCCCCUUCUGCAACGAGUGCAAUCAGCAGAGAAGCUCGGAGGACCUGUUCUGCCUUCCUCCUCCUCCUCAUCGUCGUCGCCUUCUCCUCUGACGGGAGGGGUGAGUCUGCGCAAGCAUAGUCUGGAAGUCACACAUGGGGACUACAGGAGAGAGUCCUUCCACUGCGAGCAUAGCCUACAGAGUCUGCUUGAAAUGGAGGGAGAGAAUGGACCUGCUCCACCUUCUCCCUCCUCCUCUUCCUCCCCUUUCUCACCACUGGGAGGGGAAAUCAUUAGUUUGAAACCUGUUAGAAGGUUGGGAAGGCAGGAAUCACCACUUAGCCGUGAUACAAUGUUAGCAGAAACGGAGAAAAACAUUACUGGGUCCAAAACUGACACCAAAACGAUAAAAAAGUGAAUCCACCGCUGACCCAAAUAAAACAUUAUCCACCUCUGUGGCUCCACAGAGUUCCGCUGUAAUUCAGACCACAUCUUCUCCAGCGGUAGCCCCGCCCACCAAGCCGAAACAGGGGCUCAAACCUCAAAAUGCAAUGACUAGUGAGGCGACUGUUUCCAAAAGCAAACCUUGUGAGAAAGUCUCCACUCCAGGGACAACUAAGUGCCUCCAACCGCAAGAGAGAAAAGCCAAGGAUGCUCACAUCGAAAGUGUCUCUUCAACUAAAGCUUUAGGGAAUGCCGAAGACAAAGCCAACACAC